AUGCUGGCCGGCCCAAUUCCCCGAGGGCCUCCACGGCUACUACUCCCAGACGUGGGCCGCCCCCCGACGCACCCCCAGUCAAAUGCCCCCGGCUGCCCCUCGCCCCCAGCCCAAGCCCCGGCACUUCCUGCUGGCACCGCCAUCGAGCAAACUGGCCAACAUCGGACCACCCCAGAUCUGAUCCGCGCUGACCCCUUCAAUCCCUGGGCCUCCACGGCUACUACUCCCAGACGUGGGCCGCCCCCCGACGCACCCCCAGUCAAAUGCCCCCGGCUGCCCCUCGCUCCCAGCCCAAGCCCCGGCACUUCCUGCUGGCACCGCCAUCGAGCAAACUGGCCAACAUUGGACUCCCCAAAUGCGAUCCACGCUGGCCCACCCAUUUCGCCCACGGCUCUCCCCUCCAGGCGUGGGCCACCCCCCGAGGCACCCCCAGUUCAAUGCCCCCGGCCCCCAGCCAGAGCCCCAGCCGACCCGCAAUCCAAACUUGCCGCCUACCAGCCCACCCUCCCGGUGGCCAACGUGCCUAGCCAACUGGCCCAUCCAUCGUACACUACCGUCCUCGACCACCGCGCCUUCUACGAUCGGUCUCUUCGCACCAUGGCCUUCCAGUCAACUGGCCAUCACUCUUCCCGCUCGGAUGCAGGCCCGCAGGCCUGCCUUCCGACUGCCCCCCCCCAAGCGCCCGGCUCUACCGGUUCAAUUGAUGGGGAGGUGUAA